AUGUUUCUUUUUCCAGUGGCAAAAAAAAUCAGAGAAACCCGUGAAAACGAGGCUCACCAAGGUCACAAACCGGUCGAAUUACAAGAUCCUCAUCAAGGUGCUACCCUGAAGGAAUUACCAUCAAUGUGUUUCAGUCUUCUUCGCAAUCCCAGUUUCAUCUUCGUCUCUUUAGCUUCGGCCAAUGAAGGAAUCUUGCUUUCCGGAAUCUCCACAUUUCUACCGAAAUUCAUAGAAAAUCAAUUUAGCCAAACAGCUUCUUGGGCUUCGAUGCUUGCUGGUUUUGUUGGAAUUUCCGGAGCUGCUGGUGGUCAAUUCUUGGGUGGCUACCUUUGCAAAAAACUUGGCCUUAACGUGUCUGGAAAAUGUCGCUUAUCAAUAGUCACUUUGUGUCUUGGACUAUUUAUGUCUGCUGCUUUUUGGGCCAAGUGUGACAAAGUAAAAUUCGCUGGGAUUUCUGUGCCUUAUUCAGAAAGUUCAAUGGCUCUAACCGGAACUACGAGUUCUCUCCCCUUAGCUGAUAAUCCAGUAGAUGCCACUUGCAAUAACCUUUGUCACUGCAAUGAAGAAUAUUUUAAUCCAGUGUGUGGCUCUGAUGGUAUACAGUACUUCUCGUCUUGCCAUGCCGGCUGUAUGACGUACAACAAAACCGGAAAGCGUUUACGAUUUUUUACCAAAAACAGAAAAGAAAAAAUGCAUAAAGCUUUGCUUGUACUCCGCACGAAUAUUGUAACUCGCCAAUACCACCCCUUCUCCCCCCUUUUCUCACGCCGCCUUCUCUCCCCCUUUUCUCACGCCGCCUUCUCUCCCCUUUUCUCCGCCGCCUUCUCUCUCCCUUUUCUCACGCCGCCUUCUCUCCCCUUUUCUCUCUGCCUCUCUCUCCCUCACUCUCUCUCUUCUCUCCUCUCUCUCUCCCUUCUCUCCUCUCUCUCUCCUUCUCCUCUCUCUCUCUCCCCUUCUCUCCUCUCUCUCUCCCUUCUCUCACUCUCUCUCUCUCCCUUCUCUCACUCUCUCUCUCUCCCUUCUCUCACUCUCUCUCUCUCCCUACUCUCACUCUCUCUCUCUCCCUACUCUCACUCUCUCUCUCUCCUUCUCUCUCUCUCUCUCUCCCCUUCUCUCUCUCUCUCCGUCUCUUCCUUCUCUCACUCUCUCUCUCCGUCUCGUUUCUUUCUCUCUCUCUCUUCCCGUCUCGUUUCUUUCUCUCUCUCUCUCUUCCCGUCUCGUUUCUUUCUCUCUCUCUCUCUCUUCCCGUCUCGUUUCUUUUCUCUCUCUCUCUCUCUCUCUUCCGUCUCGUUUCUUUUUUCUUCUUUUCUCUCUCUCUCUCUCUCGUCCCGUCUCUUUUCUUUCUCUCUCUCUCUCUCUCUCUUCCCGUCUCGUUUCUUUUCUCUCUCUCUCUCUCUCUCUUCCCGUCUCGUUUCUUUUCUCUCUCUCUCUCUCCGUCUCUUCCCGUCUUCUUUUCCGUCUCGUUUUUUUCUCUCUCUCUCUCUCUCUCUCUUCCCGUCUCGUUUCUUUUCUCUCUCUCCCUCCCUUUCUGUCUUCUCUCUCUAUUUAUAUUCGUUUCCCGCCAACGUCUACCAUAACUGUGCCUGUAUUUCUCCUUUGAAUAAAACUGCUAAACAUGAAGCGACUGAAGGCGUAUGUCCGAAAAAGACUUGCAUCUAUCUUCACAUUGCAUUGUUUAUCCUUUUCUUUUUCAUCAUCACAACAUUCCUGGCUCAGACUCCUAUCAUUGCCAUUAUAUUACGGUGCGUACCGGACAAUCAUAGAACUUUCGGGGUCGGAUUGGCCAACUUUAUUAGUCGUAUCUUUGGAACGCUUCCGGGACCAUUACUUUUUGGUUUUGCGAUUGACAAAUCUUGCAUGGUAUGGAAGAAAAGUUCUUGUGCUGAGGAACUCUCUUGCUGGAUUUACAAAGAUCGAACUUUAUCCAGGAAUUUCUUCAUUCUUGUUGUGGUCGUGCGAACAUUUUCCAUUCUCUUCAUGGUCUUAGCCAAUUACUUGUACAAACCUCCGACACAGAAAGUACAAACUGUAAUAGAUGAAAGCCAGGCGUAUAUCAAUCCUGUAGCAGCAGAAGGAGUUUAA